CGGUCCUCCUGCUCCUCCUCCUCCGCGUGCUCCUCCUUCUCCUCGCGGGGCCCUGGGCUGCCGCUCCCGCAGCCGGCUCCUCCUCUCCCGCCCUCCCCCUGCCUCGCGCUGUCUCCCCGCUAACUUUCCGAGCGGCGGCGCAGAGCUCUCGCGGCCGGCUUUGGGGGCCCCACUGCAGACCGCGGGCACCCCGCGCGCCCCGUGCCCCGUAUCCCAGCCCCGCGCCCCAGGCGCGCUCCGGAGAGACCUGAACGAUGUCCGGGGCUGGGGACCGAGGCCAAGCCGGGGCCAGAUGGCUGGGCACUGGGCUUUUGGGCCUCCUCCUGCUCCCUGUGUCCCUGUCGCUUGAGGUGUCCGUGGGGAAGGCGGCCACCAUCUACGCCGUCAAUGGCACCGAGGUCCUGCUGCCCUGCACCUUCUCCAGCUGCUUUGGCUUCGAGAACCUUCGCUUCUGGUGGUCCUACAACAGCAGUGACACCUACAGAAUCCUCAUCGACGGCACAGUGAAGAAUGAGAAGUCUGACCCCAGGGUGAAGCUGAAGAAUGACGACCGCAUCACGCUGGAGGGGUCGACCAAGGAGAAGGUGAACAACAUCUCCAUCCUGUUGCGCGACCUGGAGUUCACUGACACGGGGAAAUACACCUGCCACGCCAAGAACCCCAAGGAGAACUUCCUGGAGCACCAGGCCACCAUCUUCCUCCAGGUCGUCGAUAAAUUGGAAGAAGUGGACAACACGGUGACACUCAUCAUCCUGGCUGCUGUGGGGGGCUUCAUCGGGCUCCUGGUCUUCAUCAUGCUGGUCAAGAAGCUGAUCACCUUCAUCAUUAAGAAGACUCAGGAGAAGAAGAAGGAGUGCCUGGUGAGCUCCUCAGGCAAUGACAACACAGAGAAUGGCCUCCCUGGCUCCAAGGCAGAAGAGAAGCCCCCCACCAAAGUGUGAACCCCUGCGGGGGGCCGAGCAGCCUCUGGGGGCCCCGCUGCCUGACGCUGAGACCGAUGCUUGAGCCGUGUCGUGCCCGCGACCCCACACGCCUGAGACAUCCGCUGCUCGGCUCCAAUGUAGAACUUCCGGGCAGGUGGAAGCGGGGUCCUGCCCGGCCUCCCACACCCCCUUCCCAGCCAGGGCUUCUUGGGGACAAGGGCUGGCCAGGGGUUGCGGGGGGGGCUCAGGAAGAGAAUGGAGGGGCUGGUCCCCCAACACUUGAGUCGUGGGGUCUUCCUGAGUCUCCCCGACCCUCCAGGGGCAAAGCCUGAGUUUCCCCACAGACGGCUCUGCAGGAGAGGCUGGGGGCUCAGUGAGGGCCCCCAAGAGCUGGGUGACAUUUAGAGAAGGAAAACGUCGGGGUGUGAUGGCUGGAGGAGUCGGUGUGGGAUGGGGGUGGUGACUUCUGGGGGAUUCCAAUGCGGGAGGCCUCCAUGGGGACCCCCACAUCCCUCUGCUGAGGAAUUUCCGUUCCCUCAGUCUCGGCCCCCCGCUUUGAACCUCUGCCCCCCUCUCAUCCUCAGCUAGUCUUGGGGGAGCCCGAGCUCCCCCAAUUUCUGGGUUCUCGAGGUGCUCAUGAGGGACCUCAGCCUUCCAGAGGCCCUUUUCCUGCGCUUCUCCCCCGGGCUCCAUGCCAGGUCUCUGGGCCCCAGGAAGGGUCACCCAGGCCCCUCCCCCUGCCCCCCCUUUCUCUGUCCACAUGUCCCCACCCCUUGUUCCUGCCCAGGUGGCCUCCUCCUCGCUGUCCAGGGCUGUCCUUCAGCCCGGGGUUUGGGGGCCGCUUUCUGCCCAGCUGUACCAUCCCCCUCGGCCUCCCCAGGGCUGGGGAGAAACUGGCGGGGGCACCCUCCUUCUCCUUUGCUUUUCUAAGACUGCUUUGCACACCCCGUGUGUGUAGGGGGGCUGGUCUGUGCCUUUGCCCCGACUCUGCCCCCCAGAGCAGGGCAGGAUGCAGAGAGCUGCCAUGGCCAGGACUGAUGCCCCCAUGGAGACGCACCUGGCUCCUCCCCACCUGCUCUGGGCCCCAGGGAGGAACAGAAAGAGGAGCCUCGUCUUCCAGAGACUGGGGGAGCCCGACCUCCCUUGUCUUGGUGGCUGGCACACUCGCUGCCCUGUCCCUCAGGACCCAGAUCUUCCCAGCAGGGAAGCAGACGGACUGUAGCUGCUGCCCGCCUGUGGGGCCUUCCUAGAACCAGGGUUUGGGGCACACACUGGCCAGGGGUCCUCCAUGACCCCAAGACCCCAGCCGGCUGCAGAGCAGUGUCCCUUGCUUCUGGACUUCCGCACAGACAGGCCCCGCCCCUUCUCUGAGCUCAGCUUUUCCAUCUGUAAAAUGGGCUUGAUACUUAGCUACCUCACAAACAGUCGUGAGGUGUGAUGGGUUUUUGAAGGACCUAGGGAGCCAGGUUUCAUGGGGGUUGGUGGAGGGGGUUGUUCAUUAAUCCUGCCUUCUCUCUCUCUCUCUCUCUCUCUCUCUCUCUCUCUCUCUCUCUCUCUCUCUCCAUCCUUCCAUCCUACUCCUUUGGAAUUAUCUUAGCCUUUAUUUAUUCAUUCAUUUAUUAUUUUUGUGGCAUCAGGGAUGAACCCAGGACCUCACGCAUGUGCGGCCUUGAGUGUGGCCAUGUUCCGUGGCUCCAUCCCAGUCUUUCAAACGUGAGCUCCCAUGACUCGAGGCUCAAGGCUUCUCUCUGUGGCUUUUUCUGGGCCAUUUUGCACUCCAGCGUCUAUGGGGCCACUUGGCAUUGCCCUGUUGCUUGGGGUAUGAUGGGCAUUUCUCAAAGGGGGCAUUAGGAGUUGCUCCACUUGGUCCCCACACCUGAGCACAGUCCUGCCCCCUGGGGUGAGUGGCCUUAGGAUCCCCUGGUGCAGGUCGCUAUGCUGACCAUGAAACCCAGGAGCCGGAGGCCAGUCUUUCUCCACUUCCCUUGGAAGAAGCCAGGUCUGGGUUUUCUCAGGUUUUCUCCCCGAGCGGACUGAGUGGGUCAUGCAGGUGGGUGUGAAAAGGGCCAUUGUGGGGUGCGGGAUGGUGCAUGGAUUGGCUGAGGGUGCCUGUCUUAGGGGCCAGUCUUGCUGGUCUGGACCUUCCGAGGGACCUGGAGGCUGAGAAGGGACGAGAGACCAAGGGGAGAAGCCGCAUGGCUCAGGGCUCCAUGACUCCAUCUCGGGUCACUGGCACCAGAGUGGGGGACAGGUCAGGACGGCUGGGAGACCCUUACAGCUGCUUCACUUCCCGUUGUCCCAGGUUGGAGUCCCCGCCCACCGCCUCCCGCCCACCUCCCCACCUGAGAUCCCUUGCUUUUGACUAUCUUAUGCAUGGUUUCUCCUCUGGCUGGGAUGACAAUACUCAUAGUCAACCUUCCUAUAGAACUCUAGAUCAAAAUGAUGCCUCUCAGGGGCCUUGGGGGCCUCCGAUCAGAGUGACACGGCGUGGGCGCCUCUGGGAGGCGCUUUGGGCACAGCCCAACCCGGCCUUGGGUCUAAGCACAGAAUGGACGCGACGGGCAGUCUUGCCUUUAUAAUCCGUUUUGCAUUGUAGACUUUUACUUAGCUUUGCCUUGGAUGAAAUAAACACUAUGUUUAAUAGAAA